ACCGAGGAGCACCCCAACUAUGAUGAGGAGAUGAGUGGGGGAAUCGAGUUCCUGGCCAGUGUCACUAAGGACACAGCAUCCGACUCCCCUGCAGGUGGGGACAGGGCACAGGCGUCGUGGCCCAGGGAGGGGCAGCUCCUGCUGCCCCAGGAGGGAGCUCAGUCAUUGGACCAGGGGCACUGGGACCUGGUGGGGGGGGAUCUCCUGUGGGUUCUCAAGGGCCCUGCCUGGCACCUCAAGUGCCUCCUCAACCAACUCGGAGGCUGCUGUCCCAGAAGACAUGGGCCGGGCAGGGAGCAGACGGGGUGUGUCUUGAGGGAAGGGAGACCUCACCUGUGCUGCCUGUGGUGUGUGGGGUCAUGGAUGUGGGGCAAGGGCCUGCAACCUGAAAGGCACGUGACCCUAACCUUCCCGGUGAUCCUAUUCCAGGUGACUUUAACCUUCCAGGGCACGCAGCAGGUGACAGCCCCCGCGAGGCCUCCCCUGCCGCCGCAGGGCUCCCAGGAGGCUGACCGGCCGCUGCCCUCUCUCCUAGGAAUUGACAACCCUGUGUUUUCUCCGGAUGAGGCCCUGGACCGCAGCCUCCUGGCCAGGCUGCCGCCCUGGCUGUCUCCCGGGGAGACCGUGGUCCCCUCGCAGAGGGCCCGCACGCAGAUUCCCCACUCUCCCAGCACCUUCCGCCGCCUGACGCCCUUCCGCCUCAGCAGCAAGUCGGUGGACUCCUUCCUGCAGGCAGACGGCCCCGAGGAGCGGCCCCCCGCCGCCCUCCCCGAGUCCACACACAUGUAACGCUCCCGGGCCUCCUGCCACCUAACCCCUCUCUCCGCAGCUCCUUUCCCUCCAGGUCUCCGCCUCGCGCUCUCUCUCCUCCUCCUCCCUGGACCUGAACCUGGCGCUCUCUCUCUCCAGCAGCCCCUCUUCCUCCUCUAGCGCCCUGCUGGCCGCACCUCCCUCAGGAGCCCGGACAGACCCUGGCGUCUCUGCUGCUCCCACGGAGCUGAGGGCCCCAGGGCCGGCUGUGAUUUCCUUUAGGUGGCUCCGAAAGCUAGUCCGCGAGUCCAACUCCUGCGCUCCCAGGGAGCUGAGAGCAGGGCUAGGGGGAGCCACACGCCCCGGGUCCCCUAUCCUCCCACAGGGUUACAGGGAGGGCCGGCCCCGCAGACCCGGGCUCUGCCUCCAGCUCAGGGCGCGCCACAGGGUCUGGGCUUUGUGAGCUCCCUCUGGGGGCCUGGGAGGCACCCGGGGAACGCCAGGGCGGUUUGAGAUGGAGGAAGCAGGUUUCCCCGUUGGGGACCUUGACCUCCCGCGCUGCAGGUCGAGGGGCGGGACCUUCCUGCACGGAGAAGGCCGCUGUCCGGGACCCCCGGCGGUGGGAUGUGGCUGGGCCAGGGUGGGGCUUCGCUGUUGCUGCUUCCGCCUCUGCCCUGCGAACCGGGUCCUGGGAGGUGGCCCCGGUGGACGCCGAGCCCCGGGUGCGCGGCGGGAGGGGAGGCGAGAGCCGCCGGGCUCGGGGAGAGCUAAACCGCCCGGAGACACCCCUCCCGCCCUAGCGCCCGGGCUGCGCGCGCCGCUCACGCCCUGCUCUCCCGCAGGUGACACCGGCUCCGACACGCCGCUGACCGGACGCUCGUCCCCACGCCACGGGCCGCCAGCCGCGGCCGCCGCCGCCCCGGAGAAGCCCCUGAUCCCCGCGCGGUUACAGCGGCCGCGCGCCCCGAGCCCCGUCCCGCCCGCGCCUGCGCAGAACCCCGAGAGCUCCGCGGCCGCGCCCGCAGAGCCGCCCGAGCGCGAGCCGGGGGCGGGGCCUGCACCGGGGGCUGGGCCGGGGCCGGAGCGCCGGGGACUGCCGAGUGCGCACGCGCGUUCGGCGGCGGCGCGCCGCGUGCACAGCCGGCGCUCGUUCCAGCGGCCCCGCGCGCGCCGCCGCCCCGCCCUGCUGAAGCUGGCGUCGCUGCCGCCCUCGUGCCACGCACCGCCGCACGCGCUGGAGCAGGAGGAGACGCCGCUGUGAAGCCGCCGGCGGGAAGGGCCCGCGCGCCGUGGCUGGCCGCUCGCGCCCUUUCCCACCGCUGCCGGGAAACCGAGGCUCGCCCAAAACGGAUUUGCGUGAAACCAGCCCAAGGCUCCGGGCCCCCACCCCCGAGCCACGCACCUCUCCCCGGGGACCGACUCAGGGACCUCCCGAGCGCCAGGACUCAGGGCCAGACCUGCAGCGGCUGCAGGCCCGGCCCCGCAAGCGGCCCUGGCCGAGCGCCGUUUCCAGGCCCUCGCCAGGUCUUUGAGCUGCAGGUAAAGUGGCGGGAACGUCUUCCGUCUACACAGCGCUUGGGGAUUUAGACUCCUAGAGCCAGCACCUGCCUCGUUCCCCCUCCAGGUUCCGUCCUGCCCGCGCCAGGUCUCAGGGUGGCGGCCGCGGGCACUGCCCGUCCCCCACAGACGAGGUCUCUGGCCUGAGCUGUCGCACCUGGCCCAGAGGUCGCCCCGGGGGCCCUGGCUGGGUGAAAGGUGGCCUGGUGGGCGGCGCUUUCCAAGAAUCACGGCCAUUCCUUAAGUGGACUGUGGGGCCCAGCAGCUCCUCUGGCCCCCUUAACAAAGCAGGGCGAACCAAGGGGGCAUGGAGGGGCCCAGGGCACCGUCCCCCUCACCAGGCUCAGGCCCUCCAAGGAGGACCUGCUGAGACCCCUGGGCCUGUCCUGGACCCCGGACCCUUCCCACCCCUUCCAGCAUCCCAGGCCGAGGGCUUGGACAGAGCUUCUGGUCCUCUGCAGGGAGAUCAUCCAGCGUGAGAUCUGGGAGGCGCAGUCCAUUGAGUGGGCGGAGGCCGCGGGUGCUGAGCCGGGGAGGGGCUCUGAGUCCAUCCAUCCCUCAGAGGGCAAGUCCCACAGUGUCCACCCCACCUAAAACCUGCCUGCGCGGUGGAGGUGGGACACUCCUAAGGGCUUUUCUAAAGCCAGACUCGCAGCUCCUUGCUCAGGAAAAUUAGACUAUUCACGUCUUAGAUCCAGUGUUGACAGUCACCAGUAAGGAGGAGUUCUUAAGAGUUUUAUGUUGACUGAAUAUUGCACAUUGAGUCCCUGGUGGGAAAAGUCCACAGUUUCCCAUUGAUAGCUUCUUACUGUGUGAAAAAGGGAAGCCUCAGCCACACAAAAGCCUCCAUGACGCCUGCUUCGGAGAAGCUCUCGACCCUAACUGCAGUCACUGGUAUUUGGAUCAGAUCAAGUGCAGUGACUUUUGGGAUUCAGUGGUCACUGUCCACACUUCGCAGCCAUUUCAACCAACUCUGAGCACAAAAUGCAGCCAUCCUCUAUGCAGCAAAGCCUGCCCGGUCAGUGACCCUGCUGGACAGAUCCAAGGCCAGCCCUGGUUCCCUGCUGCAGCCACCAUCCUGACGUUCACCGGAGCAGGCCGGGGCCUGGCCUUCCGGGCAUGAGUGUGUGUUCCCACAGGCCCCCAGUUUGUCCCAUCUGCACUGCUAGGAGGUCUCCGGGUGACCAGAGGAGCAAAGCUGCCUUCCAAGUGCCUGUCUGUGCCUGGGAGAACAAGCCAGAAGCGUCGCGUGGCCCACAGCGCAGUGCAUGAUUCCAGGUGCUGAACAACUCCCCUGGACCCUUGGGCCUGUAUCUGAAUUCCGGCUGCAGAGUCAGAAGCUGAGUCCAGGCAACAGCUUGGCCACUCCCAGUCGCUCCCCCCUGGACACCCAGUUACCAAAGUCAGCAGAGAAGAUGCGGUAAUCACCACCUGAUCUCCACAUGGUGAACACAACAGUCUCACCAACCCCUCCUUGACCGGUCAGUCUUCACACCCGGGGUGGGCAGGCAGGCGUUCUGUGUUUGCGAGAACCGCACACAGGCUAAGCACAAACAUGGAACCAGAGUUCCAAUGAGAAAACCUCACUCGCAGAAGCCCAGGCUGCACCCCACCGGGUGAUGCAGCGCGCCUGGGCCGUGGGUGCCAGGAGCCGAGUGCUAGGGACUCGUCAUGAGUGGGAAUCCCCACGUUCCUGUCACUGCUGUCAAACAGAAGGUAAACAGUCUUAUGAAUGUAUUUCCUUAGGAAAACUUGUAAAAAACUUUUAUUAGGAUAUCUAUUUAUUUAAUACUGAACUUUGGCCUACUUUGUAAUAGACUAUAAACAAAUUGAGGAAAUCACUAUUUCUCACUUCUGUAUUUUCUCAAAAAUAAUUUUGUUACAGAGUUAAUAUACUGUGUACUAUUGAUCUAUUGUGAAAGCAAAGAAUUUCAUCAAAACAAAAUAUUUUAAAUGAGUGAAAAUUGUGUAUGUUAAUUUUGCAGCUGUAAUAUUAAUCAAACUGUGUAAUUCUAAUCACAAAAUGACGUGCCUUAAAUGCCCCUCAGCUGUGGGUUGGCAGUGUCCAGACAGGGAGGGCCCAUCACUGAAAUCCUGAACGAUUGCUAGACCAAUUCUAUUAAAAACAUUUCAAGGCA